ACGUCAAUCGUUUUCAGUUCUGUUUUCGUUUUGAAGGAGUUCGUAUUGUUGUGAAUUUUGUGACUCUUGCGUUGUGUUUCCCAAGUUGUAACGUGUGAAACAAUAUCUAGUGAUUUAUUUUGUUCAUUCUCAAACAUGAAUCACACAGACGAUAAAUUCGAUGUUGAGCAGUACUUCUUGGGUAUUUUGGAUAGCGAUGAUAGCCUUUCGUCUGGAAUUGCCGCUAUCAAAACGCUGCUAAUGGUUCUGGAGAAGACUAAAUUUGACACGGUUCAGGAGCUGCAUUCGACUAUUCAGGCGGCGGUGCAAACAAUGAGAAAGACGGACAAACCAAUGACGUCGGUUGUGUCUGGAAGUGAGCUAUUUUCCCGAUUUAUCACGUUAGCCAAAUUUGACGAUAAAACCAUGGACGAGGUGCGGCAAAUCAUGUUGAGCAGAGGAAAAUUGUUCUUGGACAACCUACUGGAAAGUCGGCACAUUAUUGCAAAGCAGGCUACCAGCUUCAUCAGCGACGGAUGUCGAAUUCUUACCCAUGCGCGUUCACGAACAGUACGUGAUACGCUUAUCUUAGCAGCCAAGAUGAACAAACGUUUCCAGGUUUACUGCACCCAGAGUUUCCCAGAUAACCAAGGUGAACAAAUGCGUCGCGAGCUACAAGCCGAAGGAAUUGAAUGUACGCUUAUCCUGGACUCUGCUGUUGGUUAUGUGAUGGAAACCGUUGAUCUGGUGUUUGUCGGCGCGGAGGGAGUCGUAGAAAGCGGCGGUAUUGUUAAUCGAGUCGGUACCUUUACGAUGGCAAUGUGCGCCCGAGAAAUGAAAAAACCUUUCUACGUGCUAGUCGAAAGUUUUAAAUUCAAUCGGAUGUAUCCGUUGAACCAACGGGAUUUACCAAACGAUUAUAAGUAUUCCAAAAACAGCCUUACAGACAUUGCCAGAGCGCAUCCACUCGUAGAUUACACACCACCCCUCUACAUUACGUUACUUUUCACUGAUUUGGGAAUUCUGACACCAUCAGCUGUUAGUGAUGAGUUGAUAAAACUGUAUUUGUAAAAUUUACGAAGCUAUGUUAUAUAUUUUGAUAGUGAAAUAA